AUGACGAUUCUUAACAAUAAAACUUUCAGUGCCAGUAGUGCAACUGUAUGCUUAACUGGCUCAUCGAAUAUUCUUGCUAGUAAGACCACGGAUAAUUCGAUCAUUGUAGUCGCUGCGUACACGUCUCCCGAGCCAACAAUCGUUGCCGGUAGGAAAGAUAUGUACGGUUCUGCACUCAAUCGGUUCACUGGUCCCAUUGAAAUAGGUAUCGAGAGAAUCGAGAAUCUCUAUAUAGUCGGUUCUCACCAAUCGUAUUCAACUUUUUUUCAUAAUUGGGUACAUCAACAAAGAACGGCACAACAAUUGCUUUGGUGGAAAUGGUAUGGGAACGAGAAAUAA